AUGCUUAUUCUUAGAAGAAAAGCAAAAGAUUACAAAAAGCAAGUAUGCAUUCCAUUAUUAGUUUUAAUGUGGAAAUAUGCGAUUGCACGAUCACAUCGUUCUUGCCACUCUUUUUGGGAAAUUUUUAGCGGUAUCUCGGUAUUUUUACUUUUAUUUUUCGUUUAUCAAACGACUAAGAGCGCGAGGUUUGAGCCUAACUUUAAUGAAUCUGUCGUAAGAGUGUUCUUCACUCCAGAUAAUAGUUACACAAGACGGCUAAUUAACAGAGCUGCGAAUUAUUUAGCUCAAAAUGAAAUGGAAACUGGAACAAAUCGGCAGUGGAGGUUUGAAGGCUUCAAGUAUCCAUUGGAUGAAAAAAAAUUCAAUACCUCCCAAGAUGUUGUGGUGGUGGACUUUAAAAGUAACUCUACAAACACUCCCUUGGACUACUCUAUAGAUGCCGGCACUAGACUGCAAGAUAACAAAUUCAACAAAGCAAUAAAGGGAUAUUUUCGUAGUUUUGUUCCACCAGAGAAAGUGGCUCCACCACACAUGGGAUUGCUUCAAUGGGCUAUAGACAAGUCUUACAUAGAACAACGUAUUGGGAAGGUCAUUGUACAGACGGUGUCAUUGAUAACUAUACCAAAGUACAUAUCUGAAGAACUGCACACUUUGCACAAGUUCAUGAUAUUGUGCACAAUAAUUGCACCAAUGCCUUUCUUUCUUUCUCAUUCUGCGACUUUAAUCAUGGAAAGAAGAUCAGGAUUGAGGGAGCUGAUGAAGAUGUCCGGUAUAUGUGCUGACAUACUCCGGUUCUCACACAUCCUGGAGACUUUAGUUAUUGGCAUAUUGUACUGCUUACCUGUAGUUUUUCUAUUGAAAGCCACAGCGGAACCUAUAUUACCGAACAGCAACUCCCUGAUAAUAGCAUUUACUAUAGUGCUGCACUAUGUGAACACUAUGUCACUGUCUUUUAUUACUACUGCUAUUUCUCAGGAUUUCCACCACGCGGAUUGCGUUGGCUUCAUGCUCUACAUGUCUACAUUCAUCUUGGACUGCUUAUGGUAUUCAUAUAAACGCUCGUACAAGUUACUCGCGUAUUUGGCAUGCAUUAUACUACCUCAUGCACCAGUCUAUCUCUUCUGGGAUGAAGUGCUUUAUUUGGAAUCUAUUGGUGUGGGCUCCAGAUUCCGCAAUGUAUACUCCCGUCACUCGGACAACUUGCUGCCAGUGGCGAGUGUGUGGGUGUUCUUCUACAUACACCUCGCUUUCAUCACCAGCCUCGCCUGGUACUUGGAUCUGGUGAGACCAGGCCCUUUUGGAGUAUCCAAACGCUGGAACUUUUUGUUCAAGAGAUCAUACUGGUUUAGCCAUAAAAUAAAGCGACGAAUAGUAACUCUCCCUGAGACGUAUCUCGCUAAACGAGAUGAGAAAUACUUCGAGAAACUUCCUCAACAUGCUGCAAUUUCUAUUCAGAUAUACAACGUGUCCAAGGUGCUCCGUUCCAAAAAGACAAUAAUAAUGACAACGUCUUGCUUGGAAGAGGCGUAUGCGUUAGGAGACAGGAUCGUUAUACUACAGAACGGAGCGCUCAAGUGUCACGGGUCUCCUACCUUCCUAAAAGACGCAAUUGGAAUGAGUUUCAGCUUAUCAAUAACUAUAAAAGACGGUACUCAAAUGAUGAAACUCAAGGAAACAGUGGAAGAUAUCAUACCAAACCUGAGGUGCAGGAUCGAGGAUAUGAGAAAUGUCGUAUUUUCACUGCCAACCAAGGAAACCCAGAACUUUCCAAAAGUGUUCAGAACUUUGGAGGAAAAGAAAGAAGACUUGGGAAUACAGCUUAUAGAUGUUGGAAUGUUCAUGGAGGAGGUUUUUAUGGAGUGA